GCGUGCAAACUUGAUGGACAGCCUUGUCAGAUAAAAAGCCACUCGAAACCGACGGAACAGCAUCAGUUUUCUAGCAGCAGCAAGCAAAGUCUCAGUAGCAGCUUUCGGCAAGCCAGCAGCGCAGCUUAUUUCUUUAAAGAAAAAAAAAAUAUGGCUAUCGUCAAGGUUUUGUGUCUGUUCGCUCUCAUCCAAUUCUCUGCCGCCCAGUUUCUGGGAGGCCUUGGCUAUGGAAGUUAUGGUGGUCUAGGAUACGGCGGACUUGGUGGCUUUGGAGGCUACGGCGCUGGCUAUGGAGGUUACGGAAUCAAUCCUUACGGUUACGGAACUAGCUAUUAUGGCGCAAGUCCGUUUGGCUUUAACUCCGCUCUGUACGGAGGAUUCGGAGGCUAUGGUGGGUACGGAGGCUACGGUGGGCACGGUGGGUACGGAGGCUACGGUGGACACGGUGGGUACGGAGGCUACGGUGGACACGGUGGAUACGGUGGAUACGGUGGAUACGGUGGAUACGGCUACGGCAGCUACGGUUAUGGUCGCGGUCUGUACGGUGGCUAUUCUCCCCUGGCUGGUCUUUAUUAAGAAUCAGUUUAAUUUCAGACUUCUCUUUGUUCUCUUUCAACCCGUUUACAACAAAUCUGUACAUGGAAAACGUAGAAGAGGUUUUAGAAUUUUGCUACGCGUAUUCCCAAUUUCAAGGCAUUUUUAUCUUUCGCUAAAUCUGAUCAAUAUAAAUACACAUUUUCCAAUUGCAA